CCAUUUGCAGCGGUGCAACGGAACCUUUGAUUCAUUAUUAACUCCACUUGAUUAAUUUUAUAUCUUUGAGUUUUUCUUGAUCAAUACAUUACGUUUGAUAAGGCAAGAACAUAAAAUUUUGAGAAAUUUAAACCAUAUCGAGUAUAAAAAUAUUAAAGAAAUUUUAGAAUGGCUCAAAGGGGUUCGCUAGCAUUUAUCCAGAGUUUAUACCAAGAUCCUUACAGAUGGUCAUUAAUAAAAAGUGUUGGAUUAUUUUUAUUGGGAAUUCGAGUUGCCCAAGAAUGUACAGGAUUGGAAUUAUUGCCAGGUGGUAGUCAAAGCAUUUCCAGUAUGCCACCCUUGUAAAUACCAUUGUUAGUACUAGAUAUUUUAUUUUUUUGUUAUAUUUUUAAGUUGUCGAUUUUAAUGAUUCAA